AUGUUGUACCGCGCUGGUUCUCUCCUGCUGGUUCUGCUGGUUCUCGGCUGCCUUCAGUCCUACACCCAGGCUCAGCAUGCAAAUGGACCAGGUGAAUGCUGUUUUGGUUACUUCACACGGCCAAUACCAAAAAAAGACAUUACAGGAUAUGAAGAAACCAGGCCUGACUGUACACAACCUGGAAUCAUUUUUACCAUCGUGGACAAGAGACGUAUGUGUGUAGACCCCAAAGCUAAGUGGGUGCAGAGGCACAUUAAAACACUUACUGGAAACACGACAGAUAGCCCAGCAUUAACCUGA